AUGCCACCGUCUACAGAAAUAUCCAAGGAAUCUUCUAUACCUUCCAAAGAAGAUAAUAAUCCAGAUUAUCGCAAUCCUUUAUAUGUUGGAGAGUGGAAGAAAUCUAUUCCAUAUGUUGAUGAAGAUAUUGCAGUUGAUGAUCUGGAUGAACCACAUAUGAAGCGUAAAAUAACUAUUCUUCGUGAUUAUCCCGAAAUUGAAAAAUUAUAUGGAAUUGAUAUGACGACAAUUCCUAUUACCAUUAUAGCUGCUACCGCUCAAAUAAUUGCAUCAUAUGUUUUUGGUAAAAUAUUAAUUGAUUGGAAUUGGACGAUGGUAAUUUAUAGUUAUUUCCUUGGUGGUUCAUUAACUCAACUUUAUGGAGUGAUUAUUCACGAAGCGGCUCAUUGUUUAGCCGCACCCACAAGAUUUCAAAAUAGAAUUAUAGGAUUAAUAGCUAAUACCGCAUUACCAUUUCCUAUCGCUAUGUCAUUUCGUAGAUAUCAUUUAGAACAUCACACAUUUCAAGGGGUUGUGGGUUUAGAUCCUGAUUUACCUUUAGAAUGGGAAAAGAAAUUAGUACAAGGAAAUUCAUUAUUUAAAUUUUUAUGGUUAAAUGUUUAUCCCGUAAUGUAUGUUCUUAGAGGUUUGGUAAUGCAAAAGACUCCACAAUUUUGGGAAUACGUUAAUUGGAUUUAUACAAUAAUUGGAAAUUUUUUGAUUUAUUAUUUUUGUGGGGGAAGAGGAUUAUUUUACUUAUUUUUAUCUUUAUGGUUUGGUUACGGAGCACAUCCUGCUGCCGCUCAUUUCAUUCAAGAACAUUAUACUUUUGAUGAUGGACAGGAAACUUAUUCUUAUUAUGGAAUACUUAAUUAUUUCUUUAUGAAUAUUGGUUAUCAUAACGAACAUCAUGAUUUUACGAAAAUUCCUUGGUCGAGACUACCAAAAGUUCGUAAAAUAGCUUCAGAAUAUUAUGAUAAUCUUGCUUAUCAUACUUCAUGGUGUAUGGUUCUUUGGAAUUUUGUGACAAAAAUUCAAUACGGACCACAAAGUCGAGUAGGAAGAUCAGUUAAUGAUCAUAAAAAAGGAAGGAAAAUGUUGAGGGAUGUGAAAAAAUGGGUCUAUAGCUUAAAAAAAUAA